AUGGGCGGCAAAGCAUUCCUGAAAUCCCUCCCUCACCACACGUUCCCUCGAAUCCCCACCACGUCCUAUACGCCCAUUAAAUCACACCUCCUCUCGCGCCUCACUCCGCACUUCAAAAACAUCACCGUUCCGCACGAAUGUCCCGAGAAACAUGACCACGGCGACAUCGACUUCGUCGUUUCCGACCUCGUUGACCCCAAUGCCAACACUAAUAUGAGUGCGGGCUCGAGUGCUGGUGAGAGCUCGAGUAUGGCGCGGUGGAGGCACGAUAUUCCGAAGGCAAUUAGAGCGGAGCACAUUCAGUCGAACUUGGGCAAGAAAGGCUUCGGGACGUGUCAGUUCGCUGUCCCAUUAUCGGCGCUGGAGAGCAUCGUCGGAGAAAGGAGCGUAGACGCAGGAGAAAUUAGGGUAGAUGCUGGCCUCGAGAACAGCGAGGCGCAGGAGACGAGGACAGGAGAGUCACAGACCGCGCAAGAUGGGAGGUAUUUCCAGGUCGACAUGGUAGUGUGCAAGGAUAAAGAUGAACACGACCGUUACGCGUUCUAUAAUUCAUAUGGAGACCUUGGUUUCAUCAUCACUCGACUUUCGAAUUGUGCCGGUCUAUCCUUCAGUCCGAAGGGUCUCUCGAUAGCACUCCCAUACCUAGUACCAACAUAUUCUCCGACGCUCCUCCUCUCCACCUCUAUACCGUCCAUCCUCUCCUACCUCGAUCUCGACCUCCCACGAUGGCAUUCCGGCUUCCUCACCCAAUCCUCCGCCUUUGAAUGGGUCGCCUCUUCCAAAUUCUACGACCCACACCGUAUAGCAGUCCGCGAAUCACGACUCGGGCCUAAAGGUUUAGCUCGAGCUCAAGAAAAAGUCAACUCACCAAGCUCAAAGAAGAACGCCCAGUUGUCUAGGGAGAUGUAUCAGAACUGGGUCAGGUGGAAUGAAGAUCUGAAGGGGACGACGAAGGCGAAGUCGAUGGCGAAGACGAGGAGAGUUUCUAGAGGGGUGUUUGAUGGCGGUGUGGAGGAGCUUGGCGCUGGUGUUUGGGAGGUGUUGGAGACAUUUGGGAAAAGAGAUAUUUACGAGGAGAUGGUGAGGGGAAAUAUGGAAAAGGUUCAGAGGAUCGAGGAGAGGUUGGAAAAGAUGGCAGGGAGAAGGUAA